AUGUCUCGUGAAAACGAGCCCUACACGUAUGACUUCUGUGAUGGGGAGCAUCCAGCCGAGCUCCUGGACGCGCUCAGGCGCUUCUACCUCCGCGGCCUGUUCACCGACGUGACGCUGCGGUGCGCAGACUCCGGACAGGUGUUCCACUGCCACAGGGCGCUGCUGGCGGCGCGCAGCUCCUACUUUAAAGUCAUGUUCACGGCCGACAUGAGGGAGAGGUCCAACAGCGUCGUCACGCUGAGCGGGGUGGACCGCGCCGUCCUGGGCGCGCUGCUGGACUACGUGUACAGCGCGCAGGUGCGCAUCACCGAGAGCAACGUGCAGAGCCUGCUGGAGGCUGCGGACCUGCUGCAGUUCACCGCCGUCAAACGCGCGUGCGAGGAGUUCCUCGUCCGCCUCCUGGACGUGGACAACUGUCUGGGCAUGCGCACCUUUGCCGAGCUUCACCUGUGCGCCCAGCUGGAGAGGGAGGCGCGCCGCGUGAUGCUGAGCAGGUUCGCGGAGCUCAUCGAGCAGGAGGAGUUCGUGGAGGUGGAUCAUGAGGAGGUGAGGUCGGUCCUGGCUGCUCAGAGCCUCACUGUGCAAAGAGAAGACGUGCUGGUAGAUGCUGUGGUCAGGUGGGUCACCCACGACUUGGAUAAUCGAGUUCAGCACGUGUCGGACCUGCUGCACUCCAGUCAUCUGGGUCUGGAUGAGAUCCUCUUCAGGGCCUCGUUAGAGGUGUACAGACCUUACCUGGUGAAACAUGGAGGCAAACUAAAAUCUAUGAUUGUUCAGGCUCUGACUUCAAAUGGCAAAGAGAUGUCUCCAAGCAAAAGAACAUCCCCCAGCAUGUACAUCAUUGGAGGGUACUACUGGCACCCACUGUGCCAGGUCCACAUCUGGGAUCCUGUCAGCAACACGUGGGUGCAGGGGAAAGACAUGCCUGACCCCGGGAGGGAGAGCUACAGCAUCAGCCUUCUGGGAGCAAACAUCUAUGUGACGGGCGGCUACAGGACGAACACGGUGGAGGCCCUGGACUCUGUUUCAGUUUACAACUGUGACUAUGAUGAAUGGACAGAAGGCUCCGCCAUGAUCACAGCCAGGUACUAUCACUGCUCCGUGGCUUUACACGGCUGCAUUUACGCCAUCGGCGGCUACAGAGGAGGAGCUCCAGAACAAGAGGUGGAAUUUUAUGAUCCUUUAAAAAAGAAAUGGUUUCCAGUGGCCAAAAUGAUCCAAGGUGUGGGAAAUGCCACUGCGUGUGUAAUGGGAGACAAAAUCUAUGUGACCGGAGGCCAUUAUGGAUACAGGGGAAGCUGCACUUAUGAGAAAAUCCAGAUGUACAGUCCAGAUGUCAAUGAAUGGAGUAUCAUUACAGAAAGUCCCCAUCCAGAGUACGGCCUUUGCUCCGUGUCUUUAAACAAUAAGCUGUAUCUGGUUGGUGGACAGACGACUGUGGCAGACUGCUACGACACCGAAGGAGACAAGUGGACGCCCGUCUUCGUGAUGAAGGAGAGGAGGAUGGAGUGUGGGGCCGUGGUGAUAAAUGGCUGUAUAUACGUCACGGGUGGAUACUCCUACUCAAAAGGGACUUAUUUGCAAAGCAUUGAGAAAUAUGACCCGGAGCUGGACUCCUGGGAGAUUGUGGGGACUCUUCCCAGCCCGGUCAGAUCGCACGGAUGUGUUUGUGUUCAUGCUGUCCAGUGACAAACGUUUAUCUCAAAGCAUUUUGUUUCUUAUAGAUCAGAUUGUAUAUUCACAGUAUUCAUGAAAGCAUGCAGAGAGCAGCGCUGAGUAAUGUGCUGCACACAGCUUUUUCCAAAUCUGCUGGAUAUGGAAGUCCAUUUCUGCCACUUACAAAAAAAAGAAGCCAAUUCUCAAAAUCAUAAUCAUAAAAUACUAUCUCCGUCAUUCAAACUCACCCUUUGUGACAAUUGGAGAUGAUAAUAAAACUAACGAUGAGCUGUAGAUGUGCAGGAAACCAUUACGCUUUGAGAGUUGCACUAAAAUCCCUCCAAUGGUUCGAGAGAUAUUUUGCUAACAGACAAUGGUAGCUUGAACAGUUAAUGUCAAAGUUGCACGAUGUGUCACACUUGGAGCAUGCAUUAGGCAUAACUCUCAGCUACCACCACACCAAAUUUGAGCUCAUUAUGUGCAAAACUGACUGAAUUGUGGCGUUUUGCGUCCUGUGAGGUCAGUUAGCUGUGGCAGCCAUCUUGAAUUGUGUUGACUCCUAAAUUUAAUCAGUUGUAGAUGUAUUCCCAGUAAUUAGAGUUAGGAUCCCCAGAUAAAAAAAAAAAAAAAAAAAAACUGCAGGU